UGGUAAGUGGACAGGCAGAACCUACUUUGCUGCUCUCUCUUGGUCUCCAAUAGCAGCUCUCAGCCUAUGGGAUCACUUGCCACCUGGCCCAUCCCUGCCAUGACCUGGAGGCUGGCUCUGGCUCUGAGCUGGGCCUCCUAUGGACACCAAAGAGUCUGGACAAAAGUGGAAGAGUCCCCACGCCUCCUAUCUGUGCAGUGCUGGGCUGUGAGGUAUCCCGAGGCCAUAGAUUGCUCCUGGACCACCGACAGAGAGACGGCGACAGAUCCUGAGCCGGGCCUGCAAGCCUCCUUUAUUGCCACCUACAGGUUAGGAAUGAUCAGCCAAGGGGAGACACAUCCCUGCCUUCAGCCAUCCCCUGAGGCCCGGAGCUGUGUCAUCCCUGACAUCCAGAUGUUCUCCAUGACUCCCUACAUCCUCAACAUCACAGUUAUCACUCAACAGGGAGCCAGAAGUAGCUUGGUCCCCUUCAUCGCAGAGCAUAUAAUUAAACCCGACCCACCGGAAGCUAUGAGUGUGAGCCCUAUCCCUGGCAAGCAACUUCGAGUACAGUGGGAGCCCCCCCACUCCUGGCCCCUCCCCAGGUAUUUUCCACUCAAGUACCUGAUCCGUUACCAGAGACAGGGGGCUACCAGAUUCCGACAGGUGGGGCCAAUUGAGGAAACAUCCUUCAUCCUACAAGGCCUGCGACCCAGGACCCAGUACCAAGUACAGGUUGCAGCUGGUGACUUUAUGGACUAUGGAGAACUAAGCACUUGGAGCACUGUGGUGGCCACCACUCCUGGUAGCAAGUAGCCUGUUUUGGGGCAUCCCCAAACUCUCAGUCUCCAUCAUGAGGCAACGCCCUGGAUACUUGAACCUGAUAAACCAGUCCCAUGCCUACCUGCACAGCCCUGUCAUCUCUGGAUCUAGGCCACAGUGGCCUCUGUCAUCCCUCCCAGGCCUUCUCCAGUACUCUAUAAGCACUUUUUGGAUCAGACCCACCCCCAGAAUUGCCAGCUCCUGUCUUCUUUUCAGACUCUACAGGCUGUGCUUUAACCUAUUCCUGCCUGUUGGGAGCUGCGCUUCCUUGGGCCUCACAGGAGUCACCACCAGAAGUCUGGACCACCAGCAAAAGCCUUGAAGACUCUAAUAUCCUGUGUUCCUCAAAGGCCCUCUCUCUAGCCACUGAUAUUCUACAUGGAUUCAUUCCUUAAUGACUCCCAACCCACAAUACUCUCCUCAUCAGAAUCAGUGAUUCUGAAACCCACCUCUGCUAUCAUUGAAAAAAAAACCCAUAACCUGUUCCUUUACUCCCAUCCUCCUCAAUUCCAUUUUCCAAAUGUCUGACUCCAGUUAUAUACUCCUCUUCUACUGUGCUCUCUGAAAUUCCUGCUCCAUAGUCAAUCAAUUUGCUGUCAUCUUAAACCUUUUCACGUCUCAUUCCCUCCAUGUUCCGGCUCUUAUUGAGACCUGGUUCCUUCCUGAUGACAUGGCAACCCUAGCCACCCUUUCCAGUAUUGGUUUCACUUUCACACAAACUCCCUGAUUCACUGGUUUCAGUCUGGAGUGGUAGUGACGGUGACGGUGGUAGUGGUGAUGGGGGUGAGGAUAUUCUUUGCUCCCCAGUGCCCCUCUUCCUCUACUAGGAUCUCUCCAAAACUUCUCCUCCUUUGAGAUCCAUCCAAUCCAAAUUUAUCACCCAAACAAGAUUCUAGUAUCUGUUAUCUACCAACCCCCAGGAUACUCUUUCCUUCCUCAAAGAAUACAAUGGCUGGUUCAUAGUCUUUCUCUCCACCCCAACUCUUAUCCUUACACCUGGGGACUUCACUAUAGUUCCCUUGAUAAUUCAAUAGUCCCUCAAACCCCUAACUUUCCUAUCCAUCAGCCUACUCCUAUGUCAUGACCUCUUCCUUCAUGACACCUCAGCUACACACAGAGAUAGUCAUAUGUAUGUUUCCAGGUACAUGAACUCUGAAAUUCCUAUAACUGAUCAUAAUCUUUUAUCAUCUCUCUUUCCUUCAGUCUUAUGACCUUGACCCUGAUCUCCAUUCUCACUGUGAUCUCCACUCCCUGUAUCCCUCAGUUGUGUCCCCCCACCCCAACCUUCAGGACAUCACUCCACACUGGCUACACUCUGCUCCCUUCCCUACAUUGACUCUUGGUGAGCCACUUCAUCUCUCCAUUAUCAGCUUCUCUCCAAUCCCAUGUCCCUUAGCCUACUGGCAAUCAUGCCUUCACUAAACUCCAGUUCUAUAUGAUUCCCACCAUCUGCUGCCUCCGUUCCUAUUAGGGUGUUGGGGGAAAAUCUCAAAAUUAUUUUGACUAGGUCCACUACAAAUCUGUGUUACGUAAUUUUAACUGGGCCCUAACUGCAGGAAGUCAUUCUUUCCCUAACUGGUAGACUCUCCCACUCACCACAUUGGCCUUUCCAAACCUUUUUAUCCCUUCUCAAGCCUCCCAUGGCACCCCUUUCCCCUCACUCCGCCAGCUAAGGACUUCAUGGACAAAAUUGUGGUCAUUUGACGAGAUCUCCCUCGCCUUCCCUCCUCAUCUCACAUCAGUCAAAUGUCUUUCCCUCACUAAUCCUUCCUUCACCCCUGUCUUAUAUGAAGAGGUGGCCCUUUCCCCUGCCAAGGCCAAUCCUCCGUGUACCCUGGAUCCCAUUCCGUCUCAUCUCCUUCAGCAGAUUUCCCCUCUAUUGUUCUUACUUUCUCACUAAUCUUCAAUCUCUGUUUCCUUACUGAAUACAGACAUCUUUAAAAAAAAAAAAAAAACCUCUCAUUUAAUCCCACUGUUCCAGAUAAUUAUGGUCCCACAUCUCUCCUCCAAUAGCGAUUUUUCUAUACCUCUUCUCCAUUCCUUGGCUAAACUUUGUGAGAAACCUCUCUACAAUUGGUGCCUCUACUUUCUCUUCUCUUCCUCUCUUCCAAACCCUCUGUAGUCUGGCUUUCUAACUUCAUCAUUCAACUGUCCAUUUAUUGAGCCCUAACCUCUUCCCUGACCUCCAGUCUAGAAUCCCCAGCUGCCUACUGGACAUCAUCAAAGUGGAUGUACUCUAGACAUCUUAAAACAGUAUUUCCAAAGAAGAGUUCAUAACUUUUCCCCCAAACCCUCCUCAUUUCCUAACUUUUCUGUUACUAUAGAGAGCACCACCACUCUUUCAAUCACCCAGGUUCACAAAAUAGGUGUUAUCCUUAACUCCUCACUCUAUCUCACCCCCCCCAAAUCCAAUAACUUUCCAGGUCAUGCAGUUUCUAUCUUCAUAACAUCUCUCGUAUACACCUCCUUUUCUCUCCUAACACUGCUAGCACACGGGUCCAGGCUCUCAUCACCUCACAGCUGGAUUAGAAUGGCCUGCUGCUUGGUCUCCCUGCUUCAGAUUCACACAUCUCCACUCCAGAUCAUCAUCCAUUCUGUCAUCAAAUUGAUCUUCCUAAGCCAUAGGUUUGACAAUCACCCCCUUUCUCAAUAAACUUGUCUCCCUCUUAACUCCAGAAUCAAAUAUAAAAUCUUCUGUUUGGUUUUUGAAGCCCUUUACCACCUGGGCUCUUCCCACCUUGCACACAAUAUUCCACCUUCUGACGCCAUGCCAUUGUACCCAUUGUCCCUAUUGCCCAGAAUUCUCUCUCCUCACCUUCUGGCUUCCCUCAAGACUCAGCUCAUCUGUUUCUGCAAGGGGUCUUUCCGCAAUCCCCCUCCCUGUCCUCCUGAUGCCAGUGCCUUCCCUUGAGAUAACCUCUAUAUUGUUUAUAUCUUAUAAAUACAUAGUUGUUUGUGUGUUGUGUCUCCCAUUAGACUGUGACCUCCUUGAAGACAGGGAGUUUUGUUCUGGACUUUUGUUUUUCCUUCCGUUGUAUCCCCAACGCCUGGAAUCAAGUAGUAAGCCUUAAUAAAUGCUUGUUGACUAAC